AUGGAAACGACCACCAUAGCAAGCAACGCUUCCGACCUUUAUGCCAAUGGCGAACUUUGCUUUCCUUUCAUUCCCGUCCCCUCACCUUUUUCUUCUUUAUUCUUAGCUUCCUUUCUCAGCUCAAAGUUGAAUGGAUCGUCGGCGCGGCCCAAUGUUUUCCCCUAUCAUUCUCCUCCUCCUCCUCUUCACCUCCACCACCACCCACUUCUCCGGGGUUCAGUCAACGAAGUUCAAGAUAGUGAACAAAUGCCGCCGGACAAUAUGGCCCGGAAUACUUACCAGCGCCGACAGGACUCCGCUUACCCAAACCGGCUUCGUUCUCAAGCGAGGCAAAUCCGUAACGCUAUCUGUGCCUUACUCAUGGUCGGGACGCCUCUGGGCGCGCACGGAUUGCUCCACCGACCCGUCUUCCGGGAAAUUCUCCUGCCUCACCGCCGACUGCGGCUCCGGCAAGGUGGAAUGCGCCGGAAGCGGUGCUAUCCCACCCGCCACCCUGGCCGAGUUCACCUUAAACGGUGA